UGCUGUUAACACCUGCCCAACCUUAUCUGGACAAUUAGGCCUUGUAGCAGUGAAGUGCAUUUUAAAGACCCUGUGAGACAAGACGUUAUGUAAUUUAUUUAACGGGUUCUUCUGCUGGAUACAGAGAGGGAAUCAAUAAACAGGAAAUCUGAGAAUGUUUUCAAAGGGCAUGGCGAUAAACGGUGGCCCCUCAGCUGCGUGUAACUCUGAUAGGAUGUAAUUCUGCACCGGGAUGGGGAGGAGAACGAGCUGGGAGGAGGGAAUGAGUGGAGAAACUCACAGAGUGAAUGAAAGAAAAAAAACUGCAAGGGGUAAGACAUACAGAAUAAUGAGGGGAGUGCUUUGGGAAUUAAUUUUCUUCAAACUAACCUGUGGAUCCUACUGCUGCCUGGACUCUGCUGCAAUAGAGAAAUGGAUCUACACGUGUCAGACUCUUCUGACAGUACGGCCGACAUGGACCGCAUGAGGAGGAAUAAAGUGGAGCAUGAGCGUCAGACCCAUCAGGUCUUACAGAAUACUCCUUUAGAUUUGAUUGAAACGGGCAAGUCCUUGAAAGUUCAGGCAGAGCGCCCCCAUCUGGUCAGCUUGGGAAGUGGACGCCUGAGUACAGCCAUCACUCUUCUGCCACUGCUAGAAGGGAGAACCACGCUGGGCAGCGAUAGGACAGAUAUCCCCCUGCAGGGCCCAGGCAUUGCAGCUCAGCACUGCUACAUUGAAAACCAAGCAGGGAACAUCACGCUGUACCCAUGUGGAAACCAGUGCUCUGUGGAUGGGCUUCCCGUCACCAAACCCUAUCGCCUCACACAAGGGUGCAUGCUGUGUUUUGGUCAGUCUGCCUUCUUCCGCUUCAACCAUCCCGAAGAGGCUCAGAGGAUGAAGAGUAUGCUGCCUGCUGGGAGCCUCAGAGUGAACACAGUCAAACCGCUCCCCUCUGACCCCCGCAGCAUCUCAAAUGGAAACCACAAGUCUUUUUCAGACAACAGCGACGCUAAACUCAACGGCAUAGCAGAAACUCUUCAGGACUCCCUGAAACUGAAACCAUCCUCAUCCUCUGGGUUUGGUAAACAACAAACUAUUUUGGACAUGCCAAAUGGAAAAGCUGCCACUCCUCCUGGCGGCUCCAAUCCAGAAAACAGCAGCAGCAUCUCUUUCAUUCAAAAUGUCACCAAUAAACCCCUGGCGGUACCGGUUCCUUAUCCACGGACCUCGCGCUCGGUGGCUUGGAAUGGAGCUGGUGGGACUCAGAGAACUCAGGAGAGUCCAAAGCCACUUAGAAAUGCUGGCAAAGAGACAACGUCAAGCCCCAAGCUCCACGUUAAGGGGUUAGAAAACUCAAGCAUUAGUCAAAAACCCUCCUCUAUAAAAAUUUCCCGCACUGCUCCAUCCAGUCCUCAACUGAGAAGUUCCUCCCUUCAGACGAGAUCCCCAAGCCCGAUGCGAGAGCUGGGUCAGCCUCUCUCUGAUGUUGAUGUCCCUCACAGGAUGACUGGCUCCUCCAACCUCAGGGAACUUCCCCGGGUCAGUCCCUUUGUGUCCUACAGGGGGACAGCAGGACCACAAGGAGUUCCUCAGAGUCCGCAGGGCCAGCGCAAACUCCUAGCAACACCAAAAGCAGAAGCCAUGAGGGCUCUGUAUGCACAGAGCCCAUCGUCUCUCUUUGGGAUGGAGAAGCAGUCGGAGGGCAGACCCUUGCGGCCUGGACCAGCAGUUGGCAUUACCUCGGGCCUGGGUUCAGUGUCUGGGUUGUCUCCUCUGGCAAGUCCAAGCAACGAGCGAAAGGCUUCCUCCAGCAAAGAGGGGAAUCCUACAAAACCAUAUACCAGGGAGCGCAAAAACAGCAUCUCUGAGAUCAGCGAUAAUGAGGACGAGCUGCUGGAGUACCAUCGGUGGCAGAGAGAAGAGAGGCUGAAGGAGCAGGAAAUGGAGAAAAUGGUGAGUACCCAAUGUGAUAAGAUGUGACUGAAUUUAA